CCGACGUAACCUACCAACAUAACCAAGAACCGCAUUAGCAAUGCUGAAAGCCCUUCGGGAGGCCGGGGGCCAAAUUGCGAACUUAGUCCAUAGCCACAAGCCGGAGAUUAAGCAUCCAGCUCCAAAUGUUGCGGGUAUGGACCCCUCAGAAGGACAGAAGGAGUCGGCACCAAACGCAGGCAUUCGGGUCGGAGUGCUGCAAGCAAGCGCGCUGGUUGACCACGUAUGCUCAGUCACGCGCGAGACUUUGGAACGGCUUGCUGGUGCUGAGGUCGCAGGUUCCCAGCGCUGCACGCUGGCGGAGCUGCAGAACAUCCUCUCCUCCGUGGGAGAGUUCCACUCCAAGGCUGGCGGGUCCGCCAGCAACGUUGGGCGGGCGCUGGCGCUAGGGUUUGGCAUUGGCGUGCAGCUGGUCGGUACGCGCGGAGCUGACGAGUGGGGCGUCAUGUUCACCAGCAGUGUGCACCGCGCGGGCGUGGAUGUGACGCACAUGCGCGUGCAGCCGGACGGGCACACAGGCCGCUCUGCCAUCCUCACAUGCGACGGAGAGCGCACCAUGCGAACCUACACAGACCCCAAGGUGACCACGCGGCCGGGCGACCUGGUCGCUGACGACUUCUCCGGCUGCGACUGGGUGUUCCUGUCCUGCUAUUCGCUCUACAGCGAGGGGCUGCUGCCGCGGGCCGUGCAGCUGGCCAACCAGGUGGGUGCCAAGGUGGUCCUGGACCUGGCCUCAUACGAGGUGGUUCGCGCCUACCACAAGCCGCUCAUGGAGCUGCUCCAGAGCGGCGGCGUGCACUUCUGCAUCUGCAACGAGGACGAGGCGCAGAUGCUGGUCAAGUGCUCGGAGGACGCCGCGGCCGCCGUGGCCGCCGCCGCCGCCAAGGGCUCGGUGGUGCCGCAGCACGCCGCCGCCGCAGCCGCCAUCGGCUUCCCGCCUGACAGCAACCUGCCGGCCGCCGUGCUGAGCCUCAUCCUGCGCUACUGCCACGGCGGCGUGGUCACUCGCGGCGUGCUGGGCUGCGUGGCGGCCAGCCGAGACCUGCAGGCGGCGGCGGGCGGGGCGGAGGCGGGGCCGCAUGCAGGGCUGGUGGCGGUGCCGGCGGUGCCGGGCAUUGCGGUGGUGGACACGACCGGCGCCGGGGACCACUUCACAGCGGGCUUCAUGUACGGCCUGAUGACGCGGCAGCCGCUGGAGCGCUGCUGCGAGGUGGCGUGCCUGGCGGGCGCCAGCGCGGUGCGGGUGCUGGGCGCGGAGCUGGCGCAGAAGGACUGGGCCUGGUUCCAUGCACGGCUGCACGGCGAGCUGGCGGGAGACGUGGUCCAGGAGAGCAGCGCCGCAGAGGUGGCGCAGGAGCUAUUGGGGUGCUACUCCCUCAUCGGGCGGCUGGGUCGUGGCGUGGUGUACUUUGGGAGCGCCCGCCUGGCACAGUCGUCACCAUACUGGGACAGGGCCGUUCGGCUGGCGGAGAGGGUGGCGGCGCUGCUGGGCAGCGCGGUGUGGACGGGCGGCGGCCCGGGCAUGAUGCGCGCCGCCAGCGAGGGCGGGCUCAAGGCGGGCGUGCCGGUGGGCGGCAUCCGCAUCAGCCGGGAGGCCGGCACCAACGUGCUCACCAUGGAGGACUACCUGUCCGCGGGGUCGGCCUUCACCUGCAAGUACAUGCCCACGCGCAAGGUGGCGCUGACGGACGCGGGCGUGCGGCUGUUGCCGGAGCAGCGCACCGCUUACGUGUUCCUGCCCGGCGGCCUGGGCACCAUGGACGAGCUGUUCUCCAUCCUGACGCUCAUGCAGCUGGGCAAGCUGGGCUCCAGCCUGCCGGUGCCGUUGCUCAUUGUCAACUGGGACGGCUUCUACGACGGCCUCAUGUCACUGCUGACCGCCUUCGACCAGACCGGCGCCCUGCACGCGUCGGAGGUCCGCCAGGUGAUGGUGGCCAACACCAAUGACGAGGUGCUAGAGUAUCUGGCCCAGUUCUACCAGCUGCCACUGCCCGAGCGGGAGGACCCCGACCAGGAGGCGACAGAAGACUGCGAGGCGGCGCAGGGCGCAGGCGGCCAGGCCGAGAAGGGCGACGAGCAGGCGGCGGUGGCGGCGGCGGCGGCAGAGCUGGCGGCAGAGAGCGAGCUGGACGCCCAGGCCAAGGCGCAGAAGGCCCGAGAGCGCAACAUGGCGGCCUUGGAGCUGGAGGCCAAGCUGGAGCAGCUCGCCACCUCGGACGAGUCCGCAGGAGGCAACGGCGCCAGCCACCACAGCCACGGCACCAGCGCCGCCGGCAACAGCAACGGCCCCUCGGGGCGGCUCACGCCGCUGGAGACGGGCGGCAAGAGCCCGCUGGCAACGGUGCUGGCGGAGGCAGCAUCUGCGGCGCCGGGCUCCGGUGCCAACAGCAGCAAGCACCGCAGCCGGAGGUCGUCGCUCAGCGUGCCCACCAGCGGCCACGCCGUGAGCGCCGAAGACGUGCUGCACCAGCUGCAGCAGCAGCGCUAAGCGUUCUGGUGUGGGAGGCUGGGAGCGGCUGGGCUCUGGGAGGAGAUGGGCGGGCGCCAGGCGGUGAUGUCGGCGCCUGUGGAGACAAGUUAGGCGCUGCGACGCGUGAUCACAACUGUGAGUGGGGGUGUUGUCCGUGAUCAACCGCUGCGAGAACUGGUGGAUUUAAUUGAUGUGAAGAUUUACCGUAUAGGACACGGCGAUUGGCGAACAGUAAGGUGUGCAAGCGUGCACACAGGUGCAGACGCGUGGGACCUUGCUGUGAUAGUUCGGCAGGCGUAAGUGUUCCAGUCUUGCUGGGAGAUGAGGGCGUAUGAGCUCGUGUGGGCUUCGUAACACGCUGGACAAGCGUCAGUGCUCAUGAAAGUGCUGCGGCGGCACACAAGUAUUUGGAAGUGCCAGAACCCCCAGAACACGCCACAUUGCCGCUCCCUUGUUCCCCCUAGCACACGCUAGGAUUGACUAUGUGCUCAAUGGACGAAGCGAAAGAU